AUGAAAAAAGCAAUCCAUGAUAUGAUGAUUCCUAAAAACUUUUUAGAGCAACAGCUGGUUAAGCAUGUGUUUUAUGGACAGGAAGCACUUGCCGCUGCUUUUACUGUUUUUUUGGAUCAUAAUAUCUCGGAUAACAUUUUAAGCUCCAUAAUUUUCUCAAGUGCCCCAGAAACAUUCACUCCUAACACAAAUUGUGAAAAUUAUACUAAAGUUCGAUGGAAAGCUCAUAUUGCAAGAAGUUUCAUCAAUAAUUCAGAUUUACCGCAAGAAUUUUAUCAUUUAAUCAUAAAAAAUUUAAAAGCCCCAUGGGCAUCAGAACUAUAUGAGAUCCUUUCUACAUUUGAACCAGAAGAUAUCGUUUCAUCAAACGCGAUCAAAGUUUUAUCACAAGCAUAUCAUCAAAAUCAACAAGCAUUCGCAUCAGUAAUCCCAACAGUUGACUUUAUUCUGAACAAUGUACAAUCUAAAGAACUCUUUAAAAAGAUGAGUUUUGAUACAUUCGCGAUGAAACCUUUCUUAACAGAACAAACAGUCCAAUCAUUCGAUGUUUCUACACUUACUAACUCUAACCUUCCUUCUUUCUUCAAUAACUUUUUUUUACUUAAAGUUCCAAACGUCCAACAAAUUCUUCAAAAACUCAUCUUCUUCUCAGAACCAAACAUCCAACACUCCGAAUUAUUCGAACAAGGCUCACACUUUCAAAUGUCUAACACAUGCAUCAUCAAGAAACGAAACUUAGUUGAUCUUAUCCUUGAGAAACCACUUAACAUGUUGAAUUCAGGCAAUUUCAACUCAUAUUUCGAACAAAUGAAGAAAUUUCCAGAUCUUAUUGGUCCCAUUUUCAUUUGUUUCUACGAUACAUACAAAAACUCAGAAGAAUAUAUCGAAUUCAUGAAACAUCUCACAUCAUACAACAGUCCAUGUAACAUCAUCAAUCGAAUUGUUAAUGAUUCAAUCAUUACUAAUUAUGUUAACGAAAACACAGGUUUAGAAAUUGUUUCAUCAGACUUUCAUUACUCAUCAGUUUCACAAUUACUUUUUCCACGAAUUCUCCAUCUUGAUCUUAGUUCUCUUGAAGAUCUUUCACAGCGUCAAUAUUUUUGUAUCAGUGAUUCAGAGCGUAAAUCCGAUUUCGCAUUCAUAUUCGGAUACAUUGCUCUUACAAAUGCAUUGAACUUCAUCACACAGAAAACACCUCUUUAUAUUGGUGAUCUUUUAGUUAUGAUUGAAGACGAAGAAAAGCGAAAAUCAUUAGUUGUUGACUUAUUCUCACUUAUCUUCCUUCGUAAAGACAACAAAUAUAUUUGUGAUGUCAAUAUGGCCGAACAAAUUCUUCUUUGUAUUUCAGGUUUUCUUUCAGAUGAAGGCUUCAUGAAAAGUGCAACUGGUCGCUUUUUAUUCACAAAAAUCUUAGGUUCAGAAACUCUUGAAUCAGCAUUAGUUUCUACACAAGAAGGUGUCAUCAAGAUGUUGAACAUGAAUGAACCAGACAUUGCAUUAUACAUGUCUGCAAACAUGCCAACACUUUUCAACAUCGUUAAGUGCAUUGUUUGUGAAGAAUCGACAAUAUAUGAUAAACCAGAUAUAUACUUUGUCGAGAAGUUCUUUUCACGAGGUAUUUUUGGCGAAUUGAACAUUGACUGUGUAUCUUGUUCAGAAGCCAAAAUAUUAUAUGAACAACGAAAGAAACAAAAUCAUCCACUUGAUCUUAUUCGUUCCGAAUACAUCAAAGAAUGUCUUGAUUCAUUCAAAUACAUCGGCUACUUGUGCAUGAACUAUGGUGGCCACUUCUCCGAUUUCAUGCGAUAUCGAUAUACAUAUUCACGAUUAAUGCGUCGUGCUAAGAUCCAAAAGAAAGGACGACUUCGUAUUCCAGAACUUGUCCAGAUCAUUGUUGAAACAUCAUAUCUCACUGAAGAAGAAUCAUUACGUAUUUUACUUGGUGAACAUUCAUAUGAAACCAUUUUAGCACAUGAAAAUGUUUAUGAAGUCAAUUCAUACUUGUUUGAGCUUAUCCGCAAGAAAUGCGAAGUAUGUGCAUAUUGUCUUCUUAUCAAUAAUCCAUCAGCUGCUAAAAUCGAAGGCAAUUCUCCUCUUAAACGAUUGUUUUUGCAGAAAGAACCAGAUCCAGACUUUGUUGCACUUAGUGAUUCCGAUUUUAUUUCUAAGUUUCAUACUGAGAAACCACUCGAUUUUGACGAAAUGAACGAUCUUUUCUUCCGACGUCCAGAACUUUUCACAAAAGAAGUUGAAAAUCAUUUUGAAGAAUUUACACCAUUCGAAAUUUCUCAAUUUCUUCCAUAUUCAGAUAAAACAUCAUUAUUUGGACUACAAAAACUCGGCAUUACAUCUAUGAACAUCACAAACAUCUUCAAUUUCCUUCUUUCAAUUACAAACCAUUCUCUUUUGCAACAAUUUAUUUUAGAUUUCAAACUUGAAGAUGAAUUUUGCCAUUUCUUCAGUGGUUACAUUCCAGAUCAUGUUUUUCAUAUCUUCAAGAAUUCAUCACAGUUUCUUUAUCGUUAUUUAUAUUCACUUCCUCAAACUGUUGUUGAAAUUGUUGAAGAAGAAAUCACAAAAAUCCAGUCAAAAUGGUCAGUUGAUUCCAACAAAAACGAUAUUCGUCAAGAAGAUGACAAAUUGAGUCUUUACAGUUGGUAUCUUCGUGAACGAAGGAAAUAUGGUCAACAAAUCUCAUCAUUGAAGACAUUGAUCAUUAAAUCACGCGAUUAUAGUCUUAUCAAAAGUCUUUCAGAAGAAUUCUUUCAGACAUUUGAUAUCGACAAUAGCGAAGACGAAUAUGAAGUUUUCCUUUUACUUCGCGAACUUCGAAUUCUUAAUGAUUGUAAAUUUGAUGCUCUUCUUCGGUUUGUUUCACGUUUUGUUUGUUCACGAUAUGACAUUGUUUACAAGUUGAGUGAUCACAAGAAACUGAUUGACAUUUGUUUCAAGAUCGAUGAUCUUUCGACACUUGACAUUCUUUGUAAUGCAUUCUCAGUUAGUUUUACCCCAUACGGCGAAGAGUUUUCUGUUAUCUGUGCUAAACUUUCAUUAUCACUUCAAUCCAUGGGUCUUCUUCAAUGCCAAUCUAAAUCACGAGAAUUUGGUGAAAAGAUCAUCAGUACAAUGAUGUCUAAGAUGCGCAUUUCUAUUCCAUCAAACAUUGAUUGUAUUGAAACAUUCAAAGAAAAUAUUUCUAAUUCACCAAUUCCACAUUUCGAAGAAUUCCAUCCCGAUAUUAUUUCUAUUUCAGAUGUAUUAUUACAACUUCAAAUAUAUGAUUGUGCAUGUUCAUUCUGUGUUAUUCAUCAACAGUUUGAUCAAGCAUUCGACAUCUUCAACAUUGCUGAAGGUGACUGUGACUUUUUCAUUGAUAAUAUUUUCACCCCUGCACUUAGUACAUCAUUUGAAACAUGGAGUUGUCUUUGGUCUACAUACAAUCGACGUCGAAUUCUUAACGAUUUCGAAUUCGAGCGUUUUGUUCGUAAAAUCGAAAGUUAUCAUUGUUUCGACAUCUUGAUUGACAUUUACAAGUCACUUAACAUGUCAGAACGUCUUGUCACAUUCCUAACUAUCAGUCUUCGUAACAGCAAGUCAUUCAACGAAGAAGUCAAAAUUCUUAAUGAUCUUAUCAAGUCAGUUGAUGUUGUUAUCAAAACACAAACAUCAUUAUCCGAAAAGAAGAAAUAUGUUUUACUUAAGAACCGAUGCGAAAACCAGAAACGAAUCAUCAACAUAUGCAAUCAACGUGAAAUCAGUUAUUCUCCAUCUAUUUCUAUUGUUACAUCAUCAGAAGAUGCCAUGUCUACAUGUUGUAUGCUUAUGCGUUUAUGCGAAGUUACUAUUGUCCUUGACAUUUCCCCAGAUCUUGCCUCAUAUUUCACAUUCGAAGACAUUUGUUCACAAGUUGUUAGUAGUUUUCGUAAAUCUAGUGAAGGAUCAGUUGAACGAUGGCUUAAGACACUUGGUAAGAAGUGUCACGGAAUCGAAUACGAACUUGCUAUCGACAUCAUCAUUUCUAUCAUCAUUGACAGUCAAAGUCAUCACGACGAAGAGAGCUUCAAGUAUUUGACACAGUUCAUCAAAGAGAACGUUUUCAGUGAAUUUUGUAAGUGCAAAAGUUUCUGUAAGAUUGGUAAUCUUGACGAAGCACUUGCAUCAGCUAAACUAUGUCCAGAAACAUCAUCUAAAGAACUUUACAAUGAGAUUAAAAUUUCAUCCAUCAAAUUCGGUAACUCAGCAGUUGAAUCUAAAUGCAACAAAAUCCUGAAAACAUUAUAA